GCAACCUUAAACACCCGUACACGGGAAAAUCGCAGCCCUGUUAAAUAAGGGAUGCUACUUUAUUCUCAUCAUGGUAUCCUUUCAUGAUUUGAAUGAAGACAUCAUUUGCUUCCAUAUAGUGCCGUUUUUGGACGAGCCAGACAUCCGUGCUCUAUUUCUUACAUGCAAAAGCCUCAGCUUGUGUCUCAACCAGGCCGUUGUCUGGCAUCAAAUGUUUCGGAAGGCAUUCAAGAAUGACAACGUUCCGUUCGACAUAUACUAUAAAUGGCCCCAGCUGUACAAACUGCGCAAAAGCUGUAAGCUACUAACCUUUGGGAACAACGGGUACAGUCGUCUUGGGUGGCUUUUUGGCAGCCAGGAUGCCGCUAUGGAGAUAUUGGACCACGGACAGAGCAAGCGACUCGUCAAGCCUGUAGAGCUGACUUUUGAGGAUGAAUACAUUGCAGACGUGACUGCCGGCGGGUUUGCGUUCUGCGUGCUUACCACCAGGGGCAAUGUGUAUUUUACAGGGCGCAAUUGGCAUGGAAUGGCAGGCCUGUCGGAGCCGGGGCCCAAAACCAGAGACUACAAUUUUGGCAGCGAGCCGCGCCCAGCCUAUGAGCCAGGAAAAUGUGUCAAUAAGGUACAAUUACCAGAAAACACCAAGAUCAGCCAGAUCGGGUCAGGAAGAUCGCAUUUUAUCGGCCUCGACACCAACGGCCGGCUCUGGACGUGGGACAGCGUCGGCCGGCUGUGCAGGGGUGUCGAGUUGGAUCUCCACCUGGAAAACGGCGACAGGGUAACGGGCCGGAUUGAGCGAAUCCGCGCGGGCUGGUCGUUCAGCAGCUGCCACAUCGACAACCUGGGGAUUGCCGUCUGGAAUCGCCGUGACAGCCUUGCUCCGCAUAGCGGCGAAUACGGGCCAGUGCGCGCUUACGUCAGCGUUAUCGACGGCACCGUCGCGAUCGACGACUACAUCGUGCUGGACAAUUUUCUGAUCUACCUAACGGAGCAGGGCGAGCUGUAUCGUGUGGAUCUGCCACGCGAACUCUCACCACGAAUUGGCCGUGGCUCAAAGCUCGCCAAGUUUCAGGAGUACGCGGAGAAACACUCAGCGUAUGGCAGCCACAAGACCCGGUUUGUGCGGCUCAGCGGCUCAUUCAACAGGUUCAGCGCGAUCACCAACGACGACCAGGUUCUGCUGGGGGAUAAGAGCUCGGAAAAGCCGCAAAUCUACCGCGAGCUGCAGUUUAAUGGAGUGAUUUCGGUGGCUGUUGGGGACUACCAUUUUUUGGCCCUAAAUAGAAAAGGCGAGCUGUAUGCCUGGGGCAGAGAGUCACACAAAAACGGGUGUUUGGGGCUUGGGACGCUUUCUGCCGCACUUGCCAUGCCAGGCGUGCGUCAGGACGGGAAUGACAUUGUUGUUGAGCAGCCGGUGCGUGUUCCUGUUAACGGUCAGGUUUUGGCGAUUGCUGCCGGAGGAUGGCAGUCGGCUGCGUUGGUGCACGAAAAAUAAUAGAUAAGAAAAAAUUGUACCAAUGGCAGAUUUCGCUGAUUUGAAACCUAUUAUCACGAGCUCGAAACGCUCGGGCCGUCGCCGGCAGCGAGGCUCUUCUGGUGUGUCAAAGCCAGAGCCGGCGACUGUCGACGAAACUGCGGACGAACUGGUGAUUGCGGGCAAGAAACCAAGACCAGCAGCAGAGACCCCGGUGCGAAAACGGCCCUCGUCUAAGUACUACGGCAUGGAUGACUUUUAUCUGGACCACGAGACAAUGGAUGAGUACACGUGGACGGCGCUGGUUGGAUUUAGCGCGAUCAGGAUCGGAUCGCCGCUGAUUUUCAUUCUACAUUGCACUUAUCUGCUGGCUAUUCUCUACUUCAAACAUGGAUUCACCAUCGACGAGGAGGCAUCGCAGACCAUACCGAAGCUGAUGCUGCCGCUGCUGGCAAAUCUCCUGCUGGUGCAUGUUUUCAACAAGUGGUAUUUUUCGACAAAUUACUACAAACUGCGGGAGCCUCACUGAUUAUUAUUAAAUAUUCAGUUAAC